AUGAAGCUCACUUUCAAGGAUCUGAAGCAAGAGAAGUUCGUAAUCGAGGUCGAGCCCUCCGAGACCGUUCGUGAAGUCAAGCAGAAGAUCGCUCAAGAGAAAGGCGAAUAUGAGGCGGAACGUAUGAAGGUGAUCUAUUCGGGCAAGAUUCUCCAGGAUGACAAGACCGUCGAAUCUUACAACAUCCAAGAGAAGGAUUUCCUAGUCUGCCUGCCCUCGAAGGGCCCCAAGCCUGCUGCUUCUGCUUCCUCUGCUGUUUCUGCUUCCUCUGCUGCGCCCGCCACCCCAGCUCCCCGAACUCCUGCUGCGACCCCGGCUGCUCCUGCGCCCGCCGCUCCGGCUCCUGCUAGCUCGACUCCCGUUGUCCCUGCGACUCCUACUCCUGCUGGUGCCCAGGCCCAGCCCGCCGCCUUUGGCGAUCCUUCUGCGUUGGCCAUGGGCUCUGCGGCCGAGGGUGCUGUGACGGAGAUGGAGGCGAUGGGUUUUGCCCGCAGCGACAUUGACCGCGCCAUGCGGGCGGCUUUCUACAACCCGGACCGUGCUAUUGAUUAUCUUUUGAACGGUAUCCCCGAAAACAUCCAACGCGAGCAGCAACAGGCCCAACAACAACAGCAGCAAGACCGCACCCCUGCCCCUGCUCCCGCCCCCUCCGCCGAAGACGCCGCCGCCGCUGCCGCUCUGGGCGGUGACGAGGGUUUCAACAUGUUCGAGGCGGCCGCACAGGCCGGUGAGGGCGGUGGUCGUGGAAACCGGUCCGGCGGUGGCGAAUCCCUCGCCAAUCUGGACUUCCUCCGUCAAAACCCCCAUUUCCAGCAGUUGCGGCAGCUCGUCCAGCAGCAGCCGCACAUGCUCGAACCAAUUUUGCAACAGGUUGCCGCCGGUAACCCCCAAAUUGCCCAGAUCAUCGGCCAAAACUCCGAUCAGUUCCUGCAACUUCUGAGUGAGGACCUUGAGGAUGAUGAGGCUGCGCUGCCGCCGGGUACACAGGCUAUUUCUGUAACGGAGGAGGAGCGGGAUGCUAUUGAGCGGCUCUGCCGACUCGGCUUCCCCCGCGAUUCCGUCAUCCAGGCCUACUUCGCCUGCGACAAAAACGAGGAACUAGCCGCCAACUUUCUCUUCGACCAGCCGGAUGACGAUGAGGAGUAA